AUGGUUUCACUCUCCAAACUUUUUAGCAAUUCGUUAAUAUACUCAUCAAGCUUUCACCAGGCUGCGAGUCCUGCUUUAGAUAACACUGAACAGUAUAAUAUCGCUAAGUUCUUGGUCAGUGCCGGUCCAUACUUCGAGUACCAAGGUUUCGGUAUCUCCACCGACUUACCUGUAAAUUGCACUUUGGAACAGGUGCAAUUGUUCAUGAGACACGGUGAAAGAUACCCAACCACCGGCAGUGGAACCAGUUACAACACAACGGUACAAAAAAUUAAGUCUUCCGGAACCCUAGUCGGUCCCUUGUCAUUUAUCAACGACUAUGAAUUUUACAUCAAGUCGUCUGACUACCUCGAGAUGUUGACCACCCCAGAAAACAGUAACAGUCCAUACCUUGGAUCUAAAACUGCGAUGGAAGCUGGUAUCGCUUUCAGGUCCAAGUAUGGAAUAUUGUACAACGACAAUAUUCCAUUGCCAGUGUUCUCCACAAAUUCCCAAAGAGUCUAUGAUACUGCCCAUAACUUUAUAAACGGGUUCAUGGGAGAACAGUUCAGCUCUGACCAAGUCAAGUUUAACGUCAUCAGCACCAAUAUCACCCAAGGUUUCAACUCGUUGACUCCAACCAGUGCUUGUGCCAAGUUCAAUACAUCUUACAACUCCGAGUAUAUUAAUGCUUUUCCUAAAGAUUUCUUAUCCAACAUUCUUGCCAGGUUGGAGGUGGGAAACCCAACCUUGAACAUCACCACUAGUGACAUUGGAACUUUAUUCAACAUCUGUGCAUUUGAGUUGAGUAACACCGGCGGAUCUCAAUUCUGUGGAUUGUUCACUGAUGAGGAGCUCAUCACCAACAACUAUUUGACCGACUUGAACAAAUAUUUUACCCAAGGUCCAGGUAAUCCUUUGGCUAAUGCAAUUGGGUAUGUACAUUUCAAUGCCUCGAUGGCUUUACUUAAAGAUGAAGACAGCACCAACAAGAUGUGGUUGAGUUUCUUUCACGAUUCAGAUCUCUGUCAUUUAUUCAACGGUAUUGGUUUGUUCGAUACUGACUCGUCUAUGUCAAACGAUAGAGUGAAGUUCCACGACGACUACCAAUUUACCCAAACGGUCACUAUGGCUGGCAGAGUUAUUAUUGAAAAGUUUAAGUAUGCCGAUGAAAGCUACGUGAGAUUCUUGGUCAACAAUGCCGUCAUACCUUUGAAGACUUGUUCAGACGGGCCAGGCUUUUCUUGUAAGCUUAGCGAUUUGGAAGAUUUGUUUGAAUCCAAGUACCAAAACUACAACUUGACUGAGGUCUGUGGUGCUAACACCACGUACCAACAAGACUUGACUUUCUUCUGGGAUUGGAGUAGUGUAUCUUAUAAUGCUACUACUCUGCCGACAGCCUGAGAGUGUGUCCUUGUGAAUUCCUAAGAU